AUGGUAACCCCCAAGUGCCUGACAACCCUGCUGGUCCUGCAGCUGCUCUUCCAACUGCUCCCCCCCCUGACGACCCAUGCCAAAGAAUGGUGCAAAGCGAAAUUCGAAUUUGGAAAGGCGGACUACGCAGAGUGCCAGGGCGAAACGGAAAAUAUUGCCAAGUACAUGAUUCACACAACUCCCGUAAUCUCCAGCGAUGUAGAUCUGUACGCUAACGUCUCCCUAGUCAUGUCCAACGGGUAUGGACUGAAGACGAAAGAAAUCAUCAUCGGAAGUGAAGAAGAAGGUCUGUUAAGCAAAACAUUUGCAGUCACAACUGAUGUGGGAAGUCCCGAGCAUGUACACGUAAAAUUAAAUUCAGCCAAAAAAAAUUGGAAGUGCAAAAAAAUUACCAUAUGGAAAGAUUACAAGUACUGGGUUUUUGAUUGCACCGGUUUGUUAAAUGAAAAGAACUCAGAAGGGACUUACUUCCUCUCGGGAAAUAAAAUAUACACAGCAUUUGUCCAAACGGGGAAAGACGUCCAAGCAGGAACGAGUGGGACGGUCGAAAUUGUCCUCCUAGGAAAUGACAAACGGAGCAAUACCAAAGUGCUACACGAAGGAUUCACAUCUGGAGUGCUGAAGAAAAUAAAAUUCCAAGCAUCAGAUGUGGGGACCUUAGAAGAUAUCAUACUGACCAAUAACGCUAGUAGGGACGACCCCUGGUACUGCGAUUUUGUGAAAAUCAAAAGUGACAAUAAGCUUUACGUGUUCAACGUUAAGAGUUGGAUUGGGCACCCCUACGAAAAAACGGUGAGGGUUAAUAUAAGGGCAGACCAAAGUGUAGAUGGAGGGGCAGCAAAAGAUAUCGACUGCCACAUCAGGGGAAACGACUUAAUUAAUAUGGCCAACCUACCUCAAGCGUUACAAAGUAAGGUGCAAAUAUUCAAAGUGAGAUGUCCACAGAAUUGCCAAAAUGCAGAACUCUCUUCCGUAGAAGGUUCCUCCAUUCAUCCUUCCUCUACAGCUAUCUGCACAUCUGCCAUUCACGACGGGGCGUUAACCCCCAGUGGAGGGUCCAUCAUAGUCACCGUUGGAAACGACUUGAAUCAGUACCAUGCUGUUAGGGAAAAGACAAAUCAGAUCGAAGCGAUUGACUUUAUUACCAAAGCGGAUGAACCCAAUUUCUCCUUCUACACCUACCGCCUAGAAUCAAUCGAUGACGUCAAGAGUAACGUCCGAAUUGUAGAUUCAUUUGGAAAACUCUCAUCCUUGGGGAGGUUAGAAAUUAGACGGAGCGACAACACAUGGGGAACGGUAUGUAAAAAAGGACCCAAUUUCACCUUCUCCGAUGAUAGUGCUAAACGGGCCUGUGCAGAUUUAGGCUUCCCCAAUGGGCUGUACAUUAAGCAGAUGUGCUUCAACCUAAAUGGACGAAAUUAUUGUGCAGGCUAUAAAUACCCAUUCAGUAGUGCUGGCAUGGUCUGCUCUGGAAAUGAGAAAAACCUACUACAAUGCAACGCAGAUGACUCCUCCCAUUGUGUAGACCACCACGAUGAUGUCAUCAUUCAGUGCCUAAAUCAGGGGAGCAACACCGAGUUAGUUACCGACGGGAUGAUCAGAUUGGUCGAUGCAACUGGAGCGCCUACUACCAACGGAAUUGGAAGAUUAGAAAUGUUUUACAAUGGAUCAUUCGGGUCUGUGUGCUCAGAAGGAUGGGUGAAAGAAGGAGAGAAAAUCGCCUGCAGAGAAUUGGGCUACACAGGACUAAAGGGAAACGGCUUCUCCCACCACCUAUGUACAAAUAUCGCGGGGGAGAAUUUAUGCGGACAUGAUGCAGACAAAAUAAAUGCGGUAAAUGUCAAGUGUAAAGGGGAUGAAAAGUCCCUCCAAAGUUGUCCCCACGAAACGCACGAGGAUAUUUACUGCUCGCAUGAUGAAGAUCUCGUCAUCGGCUGUUCAGGCGGGGAAGAUGAAGAAUACGCAUACGGGGGGGGUAGCCAAGUGGGGGGACAUAACUCCCACUCUGUAAGCACAACUGGAGGACUUAAGAAGAAUUUCCUAAAUUUGGAGAAAAAGGACUUCCCACGCAAAAUCGAGUUAACCUGUUUCGACAAAGUCGUGUCCAUAGCAGAUCUGAGCUCCGCCCAAGUGGGAGACGUUUUCUUGGCUAGCUGCCCGGAAAAGUGUAACGAAGAAGUGGGCGUCAUAAAAGGAACGUUCUUAUACACCUUCGACUCGCCCAUAUGCAAAGCGGCCAUUCACGCGGGGGUGCUCUCAAGCAACGUCGCGGAUGACCUCGUCCUCAUCAUCUCUCACAAGCACCACAGCUUCCUCGGCACGAAGCGAAACGAUGUGGAGUCGCACGGGUUUACUGGCACGUCCAAAAGUUUCAGCGUCAGCAUCCCCACGAGGUCCAUCAUUCAGGAGGAACGAAAGAGUAACCGCAAAUAUGAAGGAGGGAAUGCAGCAGGGGAGUCUUCAAAUGGAGACGACUUAAGUGAUGAACGAGGAAACGACUCGCUCGUUGCCCCCCCAAUUGCGAAGCUACCAAACGGGCACCUCCCCGCAAGAGGGCUGGGCACUCAGCCAACAUUCCAGUGGACACCCCCGACAGGCUUCCACGGAUUUAACGGAAAAGAAACAGAUUUCGUAAACUGCACCAAUUUGCCGAACGAAAAGUAUAUUAAAAGCUUGUCCAAUUUUACCUUCAUCAUUUAUUUCACUUUGAGCGGAGGAGGAGGCAACUGGAGGACCCUACUCUCUCACAGCCUGUGUGACGGAAUCUCCAUCUCGGUGAACGAAGAAAACGAGCUAAUAAUUGAGCAAAACUGUAACCCUCAUUUGAUAAAGACCAAAUUCAAGCCAGUCCUCGGACAAACGUACCACCUCGCAGUGGCGUUUAACAAAACGAACAAAGGUGUCACCCUCUACAUAAACGGGAAGGAACUCACCCUGGAGAAGGCCAAAUAUGACUUUACCCUCAAUGGAGAUUUAAUCAUUGGAAGGUCCAACCAAACCACGACGGAUUAUUUCAUCGGAAGCAUCCACCUCGUUGAGGUAUACAAGUUUGUUUUAGCCGACGAUGAAAUUAGGCAGUCGGCAAGUGCUGCUCUCUCCUUGGAUUACCUCAGCCGAGGCAGCGAUGGGAACUACAACGGGGGUGGAAAAAACAAAAGGGGGAAGAAAAAACGUGGAAGCAACAGAAAAACGGUCGAUGGAAGGCAAUGCACAACCCCGUGUAAACCCAAAAGUAUCAUCAAUAAGGAACUUCAAAUAAAUGGAGAGCAAAUCAAUUUAUCCUGCCAAGAUGACCUCCUGUCUCACCAAUUUGAUGGAAAAAUCGGGUCCCAGUUUUUGGUUCACUGCUCGGAUGACUGCACCAAAUCGAAGCUUAUUGUAAAGGGAAGCAACAACUACUAUACCCCAGACUCCUCCAUAUGCAAAGCAGCCAUACAUGCCGGGGUGUACAGACCUAACAGAAAAAAUGGAGAUGAAAAUAACUCCUUCAUUAUGAGAAUUGUCAAUGGGUUAUUUGAAUAUAAGGCAGCCAGGGGGCACUUGGGGAUUGUUUCAAAAUCGGAAAGGCAAUCUCAAUUAAGAUCCUUUUCUGUAUUCCCCGAAAAUGACGAUAACAUUCUUACCUGCUCUUCCAACGGACACUUAUUUUUAAACUUACCGGUUGGAACCAAACGAACAAUCAUGUGUCCAUCAGGGUGUGACAAAAUGGAGGGCAAAAUUUGGGGCACAAAUGUAUACGCUCCUUCUUCUACCCUAUGUAAGGCGGCCAUACACUCUGGGGUCUUAUCAAAUCAAGGGGGCCUCGUCGACCUGUCUCUUGGGUCCGCUGUCGAUGAAUUCACGGGCUCUACGCAGAACGGGGUUGAGUCCCAUUCGUCCGCUAGGCGCAGCCGCUCUUUAACGUUUUCGACCCACUCGUAGGAGGUCGUAGGACGGGUCCCAGACAACAGGGUUUUACACCCACUCGAGGUGCCUAUCUCCCUCCGUGGUGCUGCCGCUGCUGCCGCUUCUCCUGCUGGUGCUGCACCCUGUACUUCAUGACAACUGCGCGCUGACAUUACGCGAAGUUUUCCCAUACAGCGACGCUCAGAUGAAGCUACGUCACCACCCAUCUCGUUGCCCAUCUUAAAUUUAUAAAAUGAUUCUUUUCCCUUGUACGAAAUGAGGAGGCCACCUACGGGGUAUUCUUCCGCCCCGCUUUUUUUUCCCUCUUAGUAAACCUCCUCACAAAAUGUGGAGCGAAUUAUUUAACCGAAAAGGCGCAACGGUGAAACUACC